AAUACCAAAACAAUGGCAGAGAAACAGCAAGCAAAAUUUAUAGUACCGGCCUAUGCAGUUAGUGAAGGCAAACCAGACAAAAAAAGGAAGACAGUAACAGUCCAAGAAAAGGCAAUGAACAAAAAGUCUUUGGAUAAACAAAGAAAUAAAACGCGAAUUAAUAUCGGCGUGGCUUUCCAGCGAUGGCGAGAACUGAGGGAACUCAAGGGGCUGAAAAGUGACUCCUUGAUGGCUUUAUUUCUGCUGGACAGUUAUGAGAAAGACAUAUCAACGUCCACACCAUCGAAAAGUGGAUUUACAAUGCCACCACCACCUGUAUCCACUACUGUCUCGGAGUCGCUUUCUGACCGAGAUGAUGACUUCUCAGUCCCUGGAGUUGAAGAGUUGGAUAGUAGCAGCGUACAGGAUAAAAACAUUCUGGAAUUAGAUGCAAGUAUGUCAUCAUUGGAUCUGGAUGUCAUCAGUGAAGAUGAAUUUAACAACAUUAAAAACUCAAUAAGACAAACAAAGGAAAUAGAUACAGACUAUGAUGACAGUGAUGAUGAGAACUAUAUGCCACAUAUUUGUGUGCGGACUGGCGGUGCUCUGAAGACUCCGAUUUGUCUGGAUUCCCUUCAAACAAUUAGUAUGGAGGACACUGUGCACGAUGCUGAAAACAACUCCCAAGACCCUACUAUUGCAGACAUACAUCCAAUCCCAGAGACUGCUAAAAUCAUGGUUGAGGAUGACAUAAUUGGCCAGCCAGCAUCUAUAACAUACCACAGUUGUCUGAAGCUGCUUGCCGAAUAUCUUGUUCUACCUGUGAACAUGUGUACUGCUAAGGACACAAACACAAAUGCAGAGUGUGGGGCACAUAAACCAUUUGAGGUCAACAUCCAUUCCAGGGGUACAGCUGCAAUUGUGGAAUGGAUAUGUUGUAAUGGUCACACUGUUUGGAAAUGGUCUUCACAGCCCAAUUUUAAAUAUGGAAUGCUUGCUGGGGACUUUAUGUUGGCGUGUAACAUACUGCUGUCUGGCAACAACUAUGCCAAGAUUUCUCUUCUCUUUAAAUUUAUGAAUAUGGGGAUGGUGGAGAAGUCAUCUUUUUUCCGAAUACAAAACUCAUACUGUGUGGACACCAUAAAGGAAUUCUGGAAGGAGAAGAGAGCUGACAUCAUUGCCCAAAUACAGUCCAAAGGGCCUAUUGUGGCCUUAGGUGAUGCUCGGAUGGACAGUCCUGGAUUCUGUGCACAGUAUUGCACAUAUUCAACAAUGGAAAAUGAAACUAAACAUAUAAUCAGUAUGGUCAACAUCGACAAGAGGGAGACCAUGAGGAACUCUGUUGUAAUGGAGAAAGAGGCCUUUCAACAGACCUUCGAGGCACUCCACAAAGAAAUAAACUUGACUGAAAUUUGUACCGAUGCUCAUUCUCAAAUAUCAGCUCUCUUCAACAAAGGGAAAUACAGAGACAGCGGAGUCUACCACACUCUGGACGUCUGGCAUGGGUCCAAAAACUUGAGCAAAAAAAUUCAUGCAGCAGGGCAGCAAAAGGGGUGUGCCAUUCUCCAGAUGUGGAAUAAAGACAUCUGCAAUCACUUCUGGGACUGCUGUAAGACGGCAGAUACCUAUGAAGAGUUUAUUGACAUGUGGGUGGGAGUCCUGCACCAUGUCACAGGAGAACACACGUGGGCUCUUGGUGAGUGUAAACAUGGCCCCUUGCUGAACGACAGAGAUAAAGAAUUGAUUGAGAGUGGUUCAGUGGCACAUGAGAGGCUGGCUGAAAUUAUUCUCGAUGAACGCUGGCUGAAGGUCGUCCCCAAGUAUCUGAAUUUCAGGUCAACUGCAGAUUUGGAGUCGUUUCACAACCACAUACUGAUGUAUGCCAGCAAGCGCUUCAGCUUUUCCCCACCAGUUUAUGCUGUUCGUACCAUGCUGGCUGGCCUCGAUUACAACCAUCAUCUCCAUAGACCAGCCAGGAGAAAAGCUGAUGGUACAAAUCAGUAA